AAUCGUCACGCGUUGUUUAUAUAGGCCUGGGUUUUGCUUCGUACGGAUGGAGUGAUCAUGAGCGCGUGGAGGAAGAAGGUCGCCGGGGCAGUGAACAAAUUGCUGGGCGAGGAGCGAAAUGGGAGGAAGAAAUCCCAGGAAGACGCCAAUGUGGUGAUCGGGCCAGUGAUUGGCAAGGUAACGUCAACGAGCGCCAGGAUCCUGCUGGAAAUCGAUCGCGAGGCCCGGAUCACGGUCUCGCUCACCCAGAUCGAGGAUGCCGCCGGCGUGUUGCGGUCGCGGCAGCUGCUCCAGCAAUCCAGGAGGCGUCGGCGAAGAGCGAAGAAGGAUGCUCCCGCUGCGCAAGAUCAGGCGAGCGCGAUUCCCAAGGAAGGGGAUCAAGAUCCAGCGCUGCCGGGAAGAUCGAAGAGCAAGCAGGGGAGGAGCUUGAAGGUGGAGAAGAAGUUGCCCGCGAAUCGGCCGGUGGCGUUUGAGUUCUUGGAGCUCAGCCCCGGGUGCCGCUACCUGGUGGAGCUGGAGGGUUGCAAAUCUGAUCUCGUGGCCAGGAGUAGCUUCGUCACGUUUCCCAGGAAGGAGGAGCUGUGGGAUCGUGUCAAUGUUGGAGUGGUGAGCUGCAACAAGAUCUUCAUCACCCAGAUGGAAAUUCCCAUCCACUCGGACCUGUGGGCGGACCUCGCCAAGAACAUCGAGGCUGGGAGCGUGGACUUGGUCCUCCAUCUCGGCGACCAGGUGUAUGGCGAUGGCGAUAAAUUGAUGGACAAGGAAAACCAUGUCGACCGCUGCUCCGAUCGAUUCCGGCUGUGCAAGGAAGACAUCAUGAAGGACGUCCCGCGGCAUCUGUGGCACACCAAAGAGGAGGAAGUCCGCGAAGCGUACCGCGAGGUGUACCGCGAGACGUGGCGGCACCCCCCCACCGCCCGCUGCCUGGCGAAUUGCCCCAAUCUCAUGAUCUACGACGACCACGAGAUCCGCGACAAUUGGGCCGACCUCGAGGCCGACUGGGACCCGGAAUGCCUCGAUUUCUUCAUCGCGCGCGGCGCGUGGAUCGCCUACCUGGAGUACCAGCGCCAAUUGGACCGCGACAUCGAUUUCAGGAAGCUCCACAAGCUGACCAAGGACCACCACUUCCACGUUGUUGGCGGGCUGGGGCUUAUGUUCUUGGAUGUUCGCGGCUGCCGAUCGUUCCAGCGAGUCAAGGGCGACGAGUUCCCCUACCUCGGCAGCCCGCAGUGGACUGACAUCGACCAGGCUCUCCGCCCGGGGGAUCUCUUCGAGGAUGUACGCGUGCUGCUGGUUUGCUCCCCGGCGCCGCUCGUCUUCCUGGAGCCGAACAUCACCGAUGCCGCCGGGAAGAAUGUGCCGCGGCUCGCGGAUUUCCGGGGGCACUGGUCGGCGGACAUGCAUCGCAAGGAGCAGACGAGGAUGAUCGAAGCGCUGGUGAAUUGGAAGGAGAGCGGGCGGAGAGAGGUCAUGGUCCUGGGAGGUGAUGUCCACUGCGGAGGCCACUCUCAAAUCUUUCGCGGGGAUCAAGUGCUCCUCAACCAGUUCACGACGAGCGCCAUCGCCAAUCGGCCGCUGCCAAAGCCGGCGUACUAUUUCAUGCGCGCGGCUGGGCGGCUGGGCGUUCUGGGAAACGACUACAAAUUCAAGCACCACCACUGGACGCGAUCCAGGAACUAUGGUCUCAUGGGGAUCCGGAGUUACAGGACACAAGAUCCUGGGAAUGUAGUGAUGGUGUCUCAGCUGGUAAUUGGGAAGUUCGUGGGAGGGAUAAUCCAGGGCGAGGUGGUGAGCAACAGUGAAACGAUCAAGGUCAAGUGUGGAUGUUUCGAAGCUCAUGGUUGAAACCUUUUUCCUUGAGACUAUAUAAAGAGACCAAAGCUCUUCCUUUU